AUAUAUUUUUAUUACUAUUUCAAACAAUGUCUUAAAAUAAAAGUAAAUAAUCCAUGCUAAAUGAUAGUUAUUUUGUUAGGAGACAGUGGAGUAGGCAAAACAACUAUCUUAAAUAAGUAAGAUGAUCUAACUAACUUAAAGUUUCCUAGUUAUUAAUGCAUAAACAGAAACAACUAUUGGAGUAUAGCAUCAUUCAUUCAUAAGAAACAACAUAAAAUUUUCAAUAUGGGAUACUGCAGGAUAAGAAAAAUAUAGAUCUAUUGUAUCAAGGUUCACAAAUUUGUUUUAUAAGGAGUCAUUAUAAAAGAGCCAAAGCUGCGAUUUUGGUUUAUGAUUGCUCAAAUGAAUAAUCAUUAUUGCAUAUCGAUAAAUGGAUAGAAGAGCUUGUAUUCUAAGCAGGAGCUAAUGUUAAAAUUGCAUUAAUCGGGGUAAAGAAUCUUAAUUGAAAUUUCGAUUAGAAUAAAACAGACUUAUAAAGUUUUGAUAUCAAUGAGCAUGUCCAAAAGCUAUCCGAAUAAUAUGAAAUUGCAUAUUAAAUUUAAACUAAUCAUAAAGAUCCUGAAUUCAAAGAUAAAAUGAAUUAGUUGUUGGACUAAAUUAGCAUAAGUAUAAUAUAAAUUUUAUUAUUCAUAUUUGGGACUAAUACCUUAAAACUAAUUAAACCAAUCACCGAUAUCGAAUAUUUAUUUAGAGGAAUAAAGUAAGCAAAAUGAGGUCCUUGAAUUCAACAACCAAAAAAAUUAACUAUGUGAAAAUCAACAAGGCCAAAUUAAUGAUUUUACAAAUAAAGAAAAGGAAAAUCAAGAAGUAAAAAGUUGUG